AUGGAAACAAAAGAACCAAUAAAUCUUGUACAUUUCAAUGGAUCAAAAGAACAAUUUGAGGCCACUGUUAUCAAAGACUCAGAGAACUACAAGCUUUUUGUAGUUGAUUUCUUCGCAACUUGGUGUGGACCUUGCCAAAAAUUAGGAAAGUCACUCCCGGACAUAGCGUCCGAAUUUGGCGGAAUAAUGUUUUACAAAGUUGAUGUAGACAAAAACAAUGAGCUGAGAAGUCAUUAUGGCGUUUCAAGUUUUCCAACAAUAAAAUUUUUCACUUUCAUCGAAACAGAUGGCUCAUUAAAAGAAGUAAAAACAGUUCGUGGUUGCCGUCCUGAUAAAAUACGUAGUUGCUGUGAAGAUCUUAAACAAUACUUAGAUCCAAUUGAAGUUAUCGAUUGUAAUUACGAUUACAGAUGA